UUCAUGGAAGCAUCCAUCAGCUGAGGCUGAGACGUAGGUAGAUAGACUUUCCGGGUCUCCCAGAGAGAGGAGUUGAGACGAAACGAAACAGGCUCACGUGCUAAUGACCAGCAGCCUGAUAUGAUUGGUGGGAGCGGGAUUUGUCCAGAUCCAUAAUCGUGGCUUUGGCCAAGUAGGACAUCAUCCCCAGCUUUUGAGCUCGCAACUACUGCUACUGUCAGGACUACGAUCCUCAAAGGAAUCAACUCGACAGCUUUCUCUUGCUCUGGAGACAAAGGGAAGAACGAUAAGCACGUGAUAUAAGUGUGUGCACGUUCCUGAAGUAAGAGUAGGUACCUACCUUAAGAAGGUAUCCUCCCUAUGGAGCUCUCGUCGGAAUUUUGGAAUCUAGCCAAAUGUGACGCUAGGUUUCUUGCUCGAUACUAUUGUAUGGCGUAUUUCACUCUAGCUACCAUAUACUUCAAAGCUGGUCAACGUUUAUUAAGCCCCGGGCUCACAUUCGGUCCCAGAUGCUUCUUCCUAGUAGCUCACUACGUAAUGACAAAGAACUUGACCUGAAGGAAAGGCUAGCUUUAGUCUUAGCAAGCAGACGGUCUAAUAUUCCCUCUACACAAUGUCCCCGAAUAAAUUCUCAACUAUCAAAGACCCAACAUACAAGAACGGCGAAAUGGCUACCAUUUCAUAUCCCAAUUCUGGAACCCCACCAGUCGACGACGCAUCUUUGAUGCGUCAUAAAGCGGUAGAUAUAUUAUUUCGAAUUACAGCCACCGAACUGCGCAUCCUGAUUCUCGAAUUCUACUUCCCCAUCUUCCUGAACACCCCGAACCUCAGCAUCCGUUGCCCGCUCCUCACAAUCCUUCAAGAACGCUCCCAGAAAUCCGAUCCGGAGCUAGCAGAGCAGUACAAAAUACUCUACGAUAACGCCUUGGCCAUCUGGGAGAAAACAGAGAUCGAGGAUCUCACCUUCUAUGUCCCAGAUCAGAAGGCCUCAAACGAAUUGAACAGCAUGAGUCGUGUUGAGCGGCAUACAAUCAAGCAUCUUGUCUUCAGUCCUAUGGUACCACCUCAAUCUUCAAAAAUCACAGUCAGCAACAGUCUCGAGACAGUUUGUAUCCGUUAUGACGAAGAGACGGACGCUGCAUUGCGCAAGUCGUAUAGCGUAAAAGAGGUGACAAGCAGGUUAGGAGAGUCCAAAAGUAAAGUGACAACGAUGAUUGCAGCAUGCAUAGCGCAUCUCGUACGGCCUUUUGAAAAGACGUUGAAGAAGCUCACGUUCGAAUCUCAAGAAUAUCGGAGCCAUGAGUAUACUGUGAUACUUGUCAUCUCGUUUGAUGAAGAGUAAGAAGAUGGGUUAUAACAUGGAAGAGUUGAGGAUUUCGGGUUGUGAUCUUAAAAGGUCAAAAUAAUCGGCCAGAGCUCAAAUUCUACUCUUGGACAUUCACUGGAACUUUUCCAUCAUUCUCAGACGCUAUAAUUAAUCCAUUUACACGGUAAACAGUGCUGCACAGUCGUAGAUCGAGCUCGAGAUGGGGACUGGGCCCUUGAAUAAGGAUACGAAGUGAUAAUUGGGAUAAGUGACUUUACUUGUUUCUAUCCCCGUUCUGAGUCCUGUUAUUUCUCUUAUUUCAUGAUGAGACAGUAAACUUUGCACUGUAGCAAUAGAACAUACGUGGUCACUCCAACCAAUCAAAAUGACUAUGACUCUAUUUAAC